AUGCAGAAGUCUACAUUAUUGUUUCACAACAAUCGUUUCCAUGAAGAACCCUAUGUAAACAUCAAUUUCUAUUAUUAUCUGUACCUGAGCUCGCUACCAUGUUUCUUUUCUUCAUCUCAAAGUGCUCCUACACUAAAGACGCCCCCAAACGUUAUCCAGCGGCGUAAGCCUUGGCGUGGUGCAAAAAGGAAUAGAUCUGAGCAGGAGCAAGGAUUUCGGACUUUCAGGACUUUCAGAGCACAGCUACUGCUUAUUAUCAAGGCUUCAGUGGAGCAAACUACCAGAGAAAGUAGAAUUACUGGGUUAUCACAGCCCCCUGCAGGGCAGAAUCUACUGUGAUUCAAGAGAAUACCAAGCCCUUCCUCCUGCCAUGGCAAGGACUAGGGAGUUGAUUGGUUAAGAUUACGAUUGGUAGAUGAAGCGACACGAGAUGGAUAUGUAGGAGGCACUCCCCCAGUCUGGUUAUGACGUCUACCUGCUUAUUUAUCGUUUGCUUCAUGCGAAUUGGUUGUUACUUGUUUCCUACUUUGUUAUUUUUCUGUUCUAUCAUCUAGAGUCUAGGAUACCGUUGACGACUUCCCCAAAUCAACAUGUCUGCAACAGCAAGUGCAAGUACUUGCGUGGAAACGAGCUACUCUUCUCCCAAGGGCCUCCAAUUCUCCCUCUACUGCGAUCAAGAUCGAACAAGUGUUGGAGACAUUGACAAUGCCGGGGCAGACAACGUCGAAGACUGCCUGAAUCAAUGCUCAAUGCACUCGGGGAAAGCCUGCGGAGCAGCAGCGUUCGACUCUACUGCUAGGAAAUGUUACUUCAAAAACAGCACCAUCACAGAGGUCGGUGCCGUGAGACGAGAAGGAUGGACCCUCGGCAUUGCGAACAGAACGCUGUACCAACCUCUGUCAAUGGAAUGUACAAACAACGGCGCCAACCAGAAGGUCCAGAAUGGAUUGAAUUUCACGGUUUAUUGUGACCAGACUGUCGUCGGCUUCGAUACAUGUCCUGACAACUCACCGGAUUGCAGAGCCCACACAGAAAGUCUGGAUGAAUGUCUGGAAAUCUGCUCGACAUUACAUCCGCUCUGCACAGGCGUAGCCUGGGAUCCAUCUCUCACAUUCGGAUACCUUAAUUGCUACCCGAAGAACGCAACUUCUCGAGUCUUCGACAACGCAAGGGUCUCAUCAGGCGAUGGCUUGCGUUGUGCCAAAGCUCUUCUCGAAGUCCCGGUCGACGAUUGUCCCACUGCUAUGAAUGGGACCGUUAUAGCGAGCAAUAAAGACCCGUUCAAGCUCUCAUGCGGAGAAGAUCGUCCUGGGAAUAACAUCACGGCUCAACAUGCCGGCUCGCUUGGAGACUGUGUUGAUGCGUGCGCCACUGACACCCAAGCAAAUUGUCUUGGAGCUGUCUUCGAUACAAAUAUGGUCAAUGGCUACGAGAAUUGCUACCUCAAGUCAGCAGUUGGGUUCACGACAGUUCAGAGUGGAUUCACGUUCGCCUUGCGACAGACUACGUCGAACAACACUUCUUCUGACAACCUAACCCCACCCUCUCCCGACAAAUCAAGUAAUAAAGCCUGGAUCGCCGGCCUUGUCGUCGGCGUCGUCGUUGCCAUCGCCCUAAUUAUAGCAGCUAUCUGGUGGUUUCGAAAGAGGAAAGUGAGUAAGAAAGAGGUUGAGAGUACAGAGAUUGCGAGCACGCAGAACCGAUGGCUUGGUCAUGAAGAAAGUAACGCGAAUGCAUUGAAGUAUGGGCCUGCUAUAACGGAACUGGACGAUGCGAGCGCAGCGCCGAAGUAUGAGAUGGGUUCAGGUGGGCACAAUGCGGACGCACCAAAGUAUGAGCUUGAUGCUGAGAGUAGGCCGAUGGAGAUGGACUGCACAAAAAUGAACGGGUAUGUGGACGGGAGAGAUGUGGAUAGACGAUAGUCUCUGUGAAUGAGCAGUAAGAUGAAAAGGUUACGAUAAUCUUAAUGCCGCGAAGCUCAUUUUGCCACUUCAAAAUCACUUCAGUCAUGUUCCAGAAUUUUAAGAGGAGUUGGAUUUUGUUUACUGUGUGCAUACUUUGGCGUUGUUAGGCGAAUAUCGAUCCCCUUCUUAGGCGAGUGUGCCUUGAGUCCCCAUGGAAUUUAUCGAUGCCAGCAAUCCCAUCAAAAUUACUCAUG